GAAACCGAAAGCGGCCGUCAUCCCUUCCUCCCGCCGGGCCUCGCCCUCCCGCACCCCUUGAGGCAGCCGCCGCGGGAAGGGGGCAAAGGGGGGAGAGGGGGAUGCGCCGUGUCCGUCCGUCCGUCCGCCCCCGAGAGGGGCUUUGACCGUGUUCAGAAUCAACAGACCGAUCGGGGGUUCGCUGCGAGGAGGUGAGCUGGAGCCGCCCAGCCGGCGCUCCCCGUCCCGGGGCUCUCCAGCUCCCUCCCCGCGGCCAUGUCCGUCAGCCAUUUUGUUCGCCGUCGCUCAAAACACGACCCUCGGCUCCCCGCGCGCGGAGGAAAAACCAAACGAGACGUCACGACCCCGGAGCUCACGCGAUUAAGGGAAACGUAUCCCGAUAACGACUCAUAUCGCCAUCAGCCCAGCGCUGCUACUGCCGCUCCCACCGGCUGCUCGGCUUUUCCCGGGUUCGGGUAAAAGCAAGAGGGGCCGAGCUUCCCCCCCCGGCACGCCGCUGCCGCCCGGAAGGGACGAGCGCGCGGGGGCUGCGCGAGGUGCCCAGCGGCUGGCGGCGAGCGGUUUACCCCAUCAGCGCGCACCAGGGGCGACGCGCUGGGGCACGCGUCUCCACCCACGCGCACCAGCGGCCGCAGCCAAUCAGCGGCGGGUGGGCGGGUGGCAGCCCGCUCCGCCCCCGCCUGCCCCGCCUCGCUCCGCCCCGCCCCGCUCCUUGGGCGGAGCCGCCCGCUCGCUUCGGUCGUCGCGUCCGGAGGCCGCUGGGCUGUUCGGCCGCUCCCUCGCCGCCACAGCUACAGCCGUCCCGCCAUGUGGCCGCUGUCCGCUUGCCUGCUGCUCAGCGCCGUGGGUGUCGGUUCUGCCCAGUUGGUAUUUAGUGUGACAGAUGUUGUUAAAAGAACUGACUGUAAUAAAACAGUCAUUUUACCUUGCUUUGUGACUAAUACAAAGGAGAACAAUAUAAAUGUCAUGUUCGUUACAUGGAAAAAAGAAGGAAAACGAAUUUUUUCUUUUGAUGGGGAAAAAAAGGAGUUUUUCAGAGAUCCAGCAUUUCUAUCAGCUAACUUAGUAUCUCAAGUGGAUUUACCCAAGGGUGUUGCCUCUCUAAUGCUUAACAAUACAGAAGCACAGGUUGGAAAUUACAGUUGUGAAGUAACAGAAUCAAACAGAGAAGGAGAAACAAGAGUUGAACUUCAAGACCACCCAGUUGUCAGUUGUGGCGAGGAAGAUACCCCAACACCAAAGGAAAAAUGUGGAACAUGGUUUGUUCCAGUGGAAUUGGCUGUCAUCGUAGUGUUGGUGUUCUUAAAUAUUAGUUUGUAUUUGGCUCAGUUCAGUCUUAUUGCACUAAAAUAUGAAAUUGUGUCUCAGAAGAAAAUGGGCAUUAUUAUUGCAGCUAUCAUCGUCCUAGUUGUUGCUGUUGUAGGCACUGUUCUUUUUGUCCAAGGUGGCUAUAGUGCACAGAGUCAAGCUGGCCUUGGCCUAAUUGUAGUCCCUGCUGUGAUUUUGGUACUGUUUCAAUACCUCAUGUUUGGAAUUGUUUUCGACAGUCUAUCGGCAGCAACGUGUGCUCUGCUAUGUUUGCAGAUUCUUGGUUAUAUAAUUGCUGUGGUUGGUUUUGCACUGUGUGUCUCAGCCUGUCCUCCAUCACAUGGGCCUGUAGUGAUUGCUGCCUUAGCUAUUAUGGCUUUUGCAAAUUUACUUAGUCUGGCUUACGUGUUUUUUAUGGGUUCCAGCACGAAAGAUCAUCCUCGUCCAGGGAAAGCUGUAGAAGAACCACUAAAUGAUGCAAAAGGAGUGAUGUUAGAAUGAUGAACUGCAAAGUGAUGUGAUAUGUGAAAAGUACACCGUUGUUGAUACUCAGUGGCCUUGAAGAUGCACUACUCAAAGAGAAGAAAUUCAGGAAACUAGUUGUUUUGCAUGUGUGGCGACAGUGCUUUUGAUAUAAAUGAUGUAAUUUUAUAGUCACAGCAGCUGUAGCGAGGAAUGUGUCUUUGCCCACAUGUGAUCUGUUUUUUCUCUUAUGGCAUAUAUGGGAUGGUUGGGGGUGAGAAUAUAAAAAGCACUGUUUGCCCACUACACGGUCUCCCUGCGGUAAUCCUUAGUGGUGUUGUUUUCAAACUAUCAUUAGUCACUGCUUUGAAGAUGGGCCUGCUCAGCCCAAAGAUUGCAAUUCCAUUUAGACUACUUUCUUUAUUUGUGUGCAUGGGCAAGGUAUGGUCAUAUGUCCGUGAUACAAGUAGGAAGCAGAGAUCGUACAAAUACCUAUUUUCUGAGAUUCAGCAAAACUUUUCUAAAAAAAUAAAUAAAAUGCUUAUACACAAAGUUGCAGAAGUACCUAAUUUAUUCCCAGCUCUCCUUAAGUUACUAACUGACUUCUAAUUCCACGAAACCGUAAUGUUCCUCUCUGUGGACAGUAGUCACGUGUGCUCUGGUGGCCGAUAUUUUACUCCAGUGAGAGAGCUCUCUGAGCCUCUUUGAUAUUCUUUGACAAGAAACUGCUCAGCUUGUUGGAGCCUAAUUCAGCACUGGAAUUACUGGAGCACAGCAGCCAGUAAUUUUCAUGCUGAAUGUGGUUCUUGAAUGCGUUCAUGUUGUGCGGUGUGUGGCGCUGGAAGCAAUUUCAGGCUUUCUUAACCCAGUGAAUAUGUAGAACUCACAGAUGCUUCAUACAAGUAGGAGUUGUCCUAUUUAGUAUAUUUUUGACAGAAUUUUCAAAUCUGAUUUCUUGAAUGGAAAAGGAGUUAAAUCAUUUCUGACCCAAGUGUGUGAUGCUGCCACAAAUACAUAACACAGAAAAUAAGCAGGAGGAGCUCAUGAGCAGCGAGCAGGCUCAGUUUCUGUAUAUAUGUAAGUCAUACACUUCAAAAUCAAUUUUAGAGGACUUGCACGUUCCAUGAGAUUUGAUCACAUUUUACAACUGUUUUGAGAGUUGUUCUGAUACAGUUGGCCUCUCUUGGACUUUAUGUAUACUUUGUAGAAAUCUUGACACCGUCUCCUCUUCGUACUAUUUCAAAGGCGCACAUGGUUUUUUCCUUCUGACAAUUUAAAACUUUGUUUGGAAAGCUGUUGCCAAACAGCAGCGUAAUAAAAUCUAUGUUCUUAAAGAUAGUGAGUAAAUUUGGCAUGUCUCAGAGUUGGAUGUUACAAACUAAGGUUCUGUCUAUGUGGUGGGUGUAUGUUGCAGAGAUUCAAGUCUCGAUGCAGACACCUUGUAUCAAGCAUUCAACCAAAUAGAAUUGAGGUAUCUGAUUUUACAAUACUUGCUCUCAUAAACAGUGCUGUUGCUAAGGCUUGCAGGGUUGAACCGCUUAAAGCAACCCAUGGUCCAGCCUUCACUAAAAUCAGUGGAACUGGCUGCAGUGAAGAGGGUUAUUCAUGUGAUGAAACAUUUAAGAAGCACGUAUUGCUUACACUUAUGUUCAUACGUUAAAGUUUGUCAGUGGGAGUAUGCAUAUAAGAUUUGAACUCCUAUCUAUAUGAAUCUUUUUAUACAGGUUUUUCCAUAAUCACAGAAAUCUCUACCUAAAGAGGGGAGAAUUUUCUACCUUAACAAUUCAGUUUAAGAAUUUACCUGAAUAAGUUCCGUGCAGAUCUCCCUCUUUACAGCUAGUGAUUUCCUCUGGCAAGCUGAAAGUUGAGGAAUAAAAACCAAACCAAACUAACAGGAAUUCUGUUGAGGUAUUCUGCCUUAUAAAAACCAUUAUGUAUAAUAGCUUUAUGUUGACUUCUGUAAAGCAAACUGCAGUAGAUCCCAUUUGUGUCACUGGUAGCAGCUCAGCCUCAUCCUAGGCACUGCUGAAAUGCGAGGACCUUGGCCAGGCUGCAGAAUCAAUUGCUCCAGAAAUGGGGGGGAACCUGCUGUCUUCUUGUUGUGUUAAGGGCUCUGCUCUGUAGGUACCAAUUUAAAAGGGAGAGUUUUAAAAGUCAUUGAUACACCCAGCCCUUUCCCACCGGUAAUUUAAAACCAAAGUUGUUCAUACCUGUGUGCUUCCAUUUGUGUCUGUACAUAAUGUGUGUAUGUAUAAACAUAUGGAUAUUUUAAAUAUCUAUAGUCUUUACCGAAAAAAAUGUUUUUAUUUAUGAAACAAUUUUGUAAAGAUUGUGCUAAUAUACUUAAAUAAAGUAAUUUUAAGUUGG